AUGGACAUGGUACUGUCAGCACUCUGCCUCUCGUUUUUCUUUCUGGCUGUACCCGUUAGAGACGACAGACGUGAUAAGACUACACUCCAAGCAGAGGUCGAAUCGCGCAUAUAUAGUAGCAUCCGACUCGUGGGUGGAAGUUCGUCCAUGGAGGGCAGGGUUGAAGUGUACCAUGACGGACAGUGGGGGACCGUCUGUGACGACGCUUUUGACAUGAACGACGCCAACGUGGUCUGCCGUCAGCUGGGAUACGUAAACGCUGCCGAGAUCCGACCUGAAUUCAAUGAAGCAGCCUUCGGGGCGGGGUCAGGUCCGAUCUGGCUGGACAACGUGGCCUGUGAGGGUUCCGAGAUGAGCAUCGGUGACUGCAGCCACAACGGAUGGGGCACACAUAACUGUGGGCACAGUGAGGAUGUUGGUGUGGUCUGCUCGAACGGCAUCCGCCUCGUGGGUGGAAGUUCGUCCAGUGAGGGCAGGGUUGAAGUGUACCAUGACGGACAGUGGGGGACCGUCUGUGACGACGGUUUUGACAUGAGCGACGCCAACGUGGUCUGCCGUCAGCUGGGGCACGGAGGCGCUGGCGAGGUCCGACCUGGAGCAGCCUUCGGGGCGGGGUCAGGUCAGAUCUGGCUGGACGAAGUGGCCUGUGGGGGUUCCGAGACGAGCAUCGAACACUGCGGCCACAGCGGAUGGGGCUCACAUAACUGUGAGCACCACGAGGAUGUUGGUGUGGUCUGCUCGGACGGGAUAUAUGACAUAAGUAGCCCCAGCCCCGACUCUGAAGUCUAG